GGUCUCGCAUGACGUCACUUCCGGGUUCUCCUCAGACACGGAAUUGCCGGAAGAUGGCGUCCAGCGGCGGAGAUUCGGGCCCGGGAUGGGAAGUGGCGGUCAGGCCGCUCCUCUCCGCCUCAUAUUCCGCCUUCGAUUUGAAGGAGCUUCCUCAGCUACUGACUUCCGUCAUAGAGAGUGAAUCAGAAAUUCUUCACCAUGAUAAGCAGUAUGAGCCGUUCUACUCGUCCUUUGUGGCGCUCUCUACUCACUACAUCACCACCAUAUGCAACCAAAUUCCUAGGAACCAACUUCAGUCAGCGGCUGCUGCCUGCAAAGUCCUGCUGGAAUUUUCCCUGCUGCGCCUGGAGAGCCCAGAUGAGGCAUGUGCAGUGUCACAGAAACAUCUGAUCCUUCUGAUUAAGGGGCUAUGCACCGGCACGAGCCGCCUGGACCGGACUGAGAUCAUUACAUUUACUGCAAUGAUGAAAUCUUCUAAACUGCCCCAGACUGUGCAGACCCUGUCUGAUGUGGAAGAUCAGAAGGAGAGCACCGUCCUGCUAAGUCCUGAACUUCGUCAGAAGGAGGUGAAAAUGAACUUCCUCAACCAGCUGACGUCGGUGUUUAACCCCCGGAACGCCACAUCGCCUGCCUCCCCAGCGCACACACAGGUGGAGAGUGAAGGAGAAGACCUAACCUCUGAUCAAGCGUCUGCUGCUAAAACAAAAAGCAUCUUCGUAGCCCAGAAUGUCGCCAGUCUCCAGGAACUGGGCGGGUCAGAGAAGUUGCUCAGAGUAUGUUUGAACCUCCCGUAUUUCCUGAGAUAUAUCAAUCGCUUCCAGGACGCAGUUUCAGCCAAUUCUUUCUUCAUAAUGCCAGCGACGGUGGGAGACGCCACAGCCGUCCGCAAUGGUUUUCACUCCCUGGUGAUUGAUGUGACGAUGGCUCUGGAUACUCUGUCCCUUCCUGUUAUUGAACCUCUGACUCCACCUCGGCUCAAGGACGUCACACUUCUGGCCCUCAGCUGCUUGUACGCAGGUGUGAGUGUGGCCACGUGCAUGGCGAUCCUCCAUGUUGGCAGCACGCAGCAGGUUCGGACCGGGUCCACAAGCAGCAAAGAGGACGACUAUGAGAACGAUGCCGCCACCAUUGUCCAGAAAUGUCUGGAGAUCUAUGAGAUGAUUGGCCAAGCAAUCAAUGAUUCCAGAAGAGCCGGAGGAGAGCAUUAUCAGAACUUCCAGCUUCUGGGAGCCUGGUGUCUGGUGAACAGCCUCUACCUAAUUCUUAACCUCAGUCCCACCGCCCUGGCAGACAAAGGGAAGGAGAAAGACCCCCUGGCUGCACUCCGAGUCCGAGACAUCACUAGAGCCAAAGAGGGAGCGGGCUCCCCAAAACUGGGUCCAGGCAAAGGGCACCAGGGAUUUGGGGUUUUGUCCGUAGUAUUGGCGAACCAUGCCAUCAAACUGCUUACUAACCUUUUUCAAGACCUGCAAGUGGAGACUUUACACAAGCAAGCUUUGGAUACAGAUGGACCCCUUGCAGAGCUCGGCAUCACUGCACAGAGCACACCCAUCCAGAGAAUACAGCGACUAAUAGACUCCAUUCCACUGACAAAUCUUCUGUUCACAGUUCUGUCCACGUCUUAUCGUAAGGCCUGUGUCUUACAACGACAGAGGAAAGGUUCUGUGAGCAGCGAUGCCAGCGCCUCCACUGACUCCAACACUUAUUAUGAAGAUGAUUUCAGUAGCACCGAGGAAGACAGCAGUCAAGAUGACGACAGCGAGCCGAUCCUCGGACAGUGGUUUGAAGAGACCAUCUCCCCCACCAAAGAGAAGGUUCCCCCACCACCUCCACCCCCUCCACCUCUUGAGAGCUCCCCUAGAGCCAAGAGCCCCAGCAAAAACAACUCUGCAGGAAACGGCAACAUCCUGGCCAGCCGCAAGGACCCAGAGCUGUUUCUCAGCCUUGCUUCGAAUACUUUGAAUUUUAUCACCACCUGUAUGCUGAACUCCCGCAGCAACUUCAUCCGAAACUACCUGAGCGUCUCUCUAACGGAGCAGCACAUGUCCACCUUGGCCUGCAUCAUAAAAGACGUGGACAAGGACGGUGUGAAAGGAUCAUCCGAUGAAGAUUUUGCGGUGGCCCUGUACCAGUUUAAUCACUGUCUAGUGACCUCUGAUCUUCAGUCCCCAACAUUACAGAACGCACUUCUGCAGCACCUGGGAAUUGCCCCUAUGAGCGAAUGCCCCUGGCCACUUUACAUCCACCCUCAGGGUCUGUCUGUACUGUGCCGACUUCUCCUGCUUUGGCAGCACAAGGCCAGCGUCCAGGGAGAACCUGACGUCCCAGAAUGUCUUCGGGUCUGGGAAAGAUUUGUUGGAACCCUGAAACAAAACGCCUUGCAGGGAGUAGUCCCAGGAGACACAGAUGACGUCAACGUGGACCAUCUUCAGCUGCUGCUUCUGAUUUUCCACAACCUGUCCGAUAGAGGGCGCCAAACUAUCCUUCUGCUAUGCAUUCAGACGCUGCAGGACCUGUCCAAUAACCUGGAGUCUCAGCUGCCCGGUGUACCUCUCCUCCUGGGGAGACUGCUGUUGGUGUUCGACUAUCUCUUGCACCAGUACUCCAAACCUCCACUCUAUUUAUUUGAGCAGGUGCAAUAUAAUCUGCUCAACCCUCCUAAUGGCUCUGGGGCUGCCCAAGAAGGAACCAGUCGUACCUUGCCCCUCUACUAUGGCUUUAAGGAGGUGGAAGAAAACUGGACGAAACAUUGCACAUCAGAUAAUGCCCCACAGCCCAGAUUCUACAGCAUCCUCUCUCAGGAGGCCUCUGAAGAUGACCUGCAUCGGUUGGAUAGUGAGGUUUGUGAGGUCCUCUUCUCCCGAGUCUUGAAGUAUGAUGAGUUGUACACGGCGCUGAUUUCUCUUCUGGCUGCUGGAUCUCGAUUGGAUACACUCAGAAGAAACGAGAAUAAAAGUAUCACAGCACUGGAGGCGUGUGCUCUUCAGUACCACUUCCUUAUCCUGUGGAGGAUUCUGGGAAUCUUGCCCCCUUCCAGGCACUACAUGAAGCAGCUUUCCCAGAACGUGUCUGGGCCCAGUGAGUGUGAAAUCUUGCACACCCUGCGGUGGGCCUCACGGCUCCGCGUCCCGUCUUACCAGCUGUGGAUCAAGGAUCAUCUUGUGAAGCAAGGGAUGAAGCUGGAAAGAGCGACUAACCUGACCGAACAGACAACAAUCAAAUGCAACUCCAUCAAAUACGACGUGGAGGUGGCGGAAGAAUACAUCGCCCGGCAGAUCUCCACAUACUGCAGCUCCAGCGGAUACACGUUUGAGCAGCUCCGCAAGGGGCCCAACCUACAGUGCAUUUAUACUCUGGACGCCGUCAUCUGCAAGGUGCAAGUGUCCCUGGACGAACACUUCUCCAAACUAUCAGCAGAGACCGACCCUCACAAAUCCUCCCAAGUCGCCAAGAACCUCCUGCCGGCAUCUUUACAGCUGCUCGAUAUGUAUGCGUCGCUCACCCGCUGCUACCUGCUGCAGAGCCUGCCCGAGGAGGGCUCCGAUGAGAAGAAGCUGCAGGGUUAUGCUGCCGUGCUGGCCAUCGGCUCCUCUCGCUGCAAAGCCAACACUCUGGGCCCGGUUUUGAUUCAGAAUCUGCCUACUGCUGUACAGACCUUGUGUGAGACUUGGAACAACAUCCACACCAAUGAGUUCCCCAGUAUUGGGUCUUGGCGCAACGCCUUUGCCAACGACACCAUCCCCUCGGAGAGUUACAUUGGCGCUGUUCAGGCGGCUCACCUAGGCACUCUGUGUAGUCCCAGCCUGUCUCUGGCUGCCUCACUCAAACAUGUCCUCCUAUCUCUGGUUCGUCUAACCGGAGACCUCAUAAUUUGGUGCCCCGAGGACCUGAACUCCCACCAGCUGACCCAGUCACUGCUGCCUCUGCUUUUGGAGAGCAGCACGGAGAGUGUGGCCGAACUGUGCAGCACAUCGCUGGAGCGCGUACUGGGACCGGCCGAGUCUGACGAGUUCCUGUCCAAGGUGUACGACAAGCUGAUCACCGGAUGUUACAAUAUCCUCGCCCAUCACUCCGACCCAUCCAGUGGUCUGGAUGAGUCCAUUCUGGAGGAGUGUUUGCAGUACCUGGAGAAGCAGCUGGAGACCAGCCAGGCUCGGAAGGCCAUGGAAGAUUUCUUCACUGAGAGAGGAGAACUUGUACAAAUCAUGAUGGCCACUGCAAACGAGGCUCUCUCCGCCAAGUUCUGCAACCGGGUUCUGAAACUCUUCACAAAACUAUUCCAGCUGACGGAAAAGAACCCGAGCCCCAGCCUGUUGCAUCUCUGCGGGACAAUAGCUCAACUUGCUUGCGUGGAGCCUUCCCAGUUGCAGUCCUGGCUCGUUCGUAUGACCACCCCGCCUCCAAAAGACUCUGACCAGGCUGAGAUAGUCCAGGAGAACCGGCAAUUGCUGCAGCUACUCACAGCUUACAUUGUGCGAGAGAACAGCCAAGUUGGAGAAGGCGUGUGCACUGUGCUCCUCAGUACCCUCAUCCCCAUGGCCACCGAACUGCUUUCCAAUGGUGAUGGCACUGGAUUUCCAGAGCUGAUGGUUGUCAUGGCUACCCUGGCAAGUGCCGGGCAAGGCGCCGGUCAUCUUCAGCUUCACUACGCUGCUAUGGAGUGGCUGGCAAGAUGCAAGAAAUAUCUGUCUCAAAAGAAUGUGGUUGAAAAGCUGAACAACAAUGUCAUGCAGGGAAAGCACGUCACUGUCCUGGAGUGCACAUGUCACAUUGUCUCCUACCUGGCCGAUGUUACCAACGCCUUAAGCCACGGUGCGGGACAAGGCCACUGCCACGUGCCUGUGGAUGGGGAGGAGCGAGCCAUUGAGGUGGACUCGGACUGGGUGGAAGAGCUUGCUGUUGAAGAGGAUGAUUCGCAGGCAGAAGACUCUGAUGAAGAUUCUUUGUGUAACAAGCUGUGUACCUUCACCAUCACACAGAAAGAGUUCAUGAAUCAACACUGGUAUCACUGUCACACCUGUAAGAUGGUAGAUGGCGUAGGUGUCUGCACUGUCUGUGCCAAGGUCUGCCACAAGGACCACGAGAUUUCCUAUGCCAAGUAUGGCUCCUUCUUCUGUGACUGCGGAGCUAAGGAAGAUGGCAGCUGCCUGGCUCUGGUCAAACGGACUCCUAGCAGCGGUAUGGGCUCCACCAUGAAGGAGUCGGCUUUCCAAAGUGAACCGCGCCUGCCAGAAAGUGCCAUCAGACACCCCGGCUCUGCCCUCACCGACAAGGGGAAGGUGACGAUCAGUGAUGGAAAGGGUGACGAUGAGAAGCCCAAGCGGAGCAGCCUGUGCCGCAACAUAGAAGGCUGCAGAGAGGAGCUGAUGUGCCAGGCAAAUUCUUCCUUUGCACCUCUGAUCCUGGACAUGUUGAACUUCCUGAUGAACGCUGUCCGGAAUAACUUCCAACAAGCAUCCGCUGUGGGAAGCAGCAGCCGAGCUCAGCAGGCCCUGGACCAGUUACACACUCUGGAGAAGACUGUGGAGAUGACGGACCAGCUGAUGGUUCCCACGCUGGGCUCCCAGGAGGGCGCCUUUGAGAAUGUGAGAAUGAAUUACAGCGGCGACCAAGGGCAGACAAUCCGCCAACUGAUCAGUGCCCAUGUGCUCCGCCGGGUGGCCAUGUGCGUGCUGUCCUCUCCUCAUGGGCGAAGGCAACAUCUCGCCGUCAGCCACGAGAAAGGAAAAAUCACAGUACUUCAGCUCUCAGCUCUGCUAAAACAAGCCGAUUCAAGUAAGAGAAAACUGACCUUGACAAGACUGGCCUCUGCCCCUGUCCCCUUCACCGUUCUCAGCCUGACCGGUAACCCCUGCAAGGAGGAUUACUUGGCAGUGUGUGGUCUUAAGGACUGUCACGUCCUCACAUUCAGCAGCUCGGGAUCCGUGUCUGAUCACCUGGUGCUGCACCCACAGCUUGCUACUGGUAACUUCAUCAUCAAAGCUGUCUGGCUGCCCGGGUCCCAGACUGAGCUGGCCAUUGUAACAGCUGACUUUGUCAAGGUGUACGACCUUUCAUCCGAUGCUCUAAGCCCCACAUUCUACUUCCUGCUGCCGAGCUCCAAGAUCAGAGACGUCACCUUCUUAUUCAAUGAAGAGGGCAAAAAUAUCAUUGUCAUUAUGUCCUCUGCGGGUUACGUGUACACGCAGCUCAUGGAGGAGUCCAGCAGCGCCAAGCACGGGCAGUUCUACGUCACCAACGUCCUGGAGGUCAACCACGAAGACCUAAAGGAUAGUAACGGGCAGGUCGCUGGCGGUGGAGUGUCCGUCUACUACUCCCAUGUUCUGCAGAUGCUCUUCUUCAGUUACUGCCAAGGAAAAUCAUUUGCUGCCACCAUAAACAGAUGCACUUUGGACAUACUACUUCUCUUCCCCAUCAACAUAAAGAGUUCCAACGGAGGAAGCAAGACCACACCCGCUCUGUGCCAGUGGUCUGAGGUCAUGAACCAUCCUGGGUUAGUUUGCUGCGUGCAGCAGACAACGGGCAUCCCUCUGGUAGUGAUGAUCAAACCGGACAGCUUUAUGAUCCAGGAGAUAAAAACCUUGCCGGCUAAAGCCAAAAUUCAGGAUAUGGUAGCGAUACGUCACACGGCGAGCAACGAUCAGCAGAGGACGACGAUGAUCCUCUUGUGUGAGGAUGGAAGUCUGCGCAUCUAUAUGGCCAAUGUGGAGAACACCUCCUACUGGCUCCAGCCCUCCCUCCAGCCCAGCAGCAGCAUCAGUAUCAUGAAACCCAUCCGCAAGCGCAAACCCGCUGCAGUCAUGACUCGUGCUUCAAGCCAGGUGACUUUUCCGAUCGACUUCUUUGAACAUAAUCAGCAGAUGACCGAUGUGGAGUUUGGUGGGAACGACCUUCUUCAGCUUUACAAUGCGCAACAGAUUAAACAUCGCCUUAAUUCCACCGGGAUGUAUGUCGCCAACACCAAGCCUGGAGGCUUCACCGUGGAAGUCACCAACAACAACAGCACCAUGGUGAUGACUGGAAUGCGUCUUCAGAUCGGCACGCAGGCCGUUGAAAGGGCGCCGUCCUACAUCGAGAUGUUCGGGCGCACAAUGCAGCUCAACCUGAGCCGGGCGCGGUGGUUCGACUUCCCAUUUACACGAGAAGAAGCGUUACAAGCCGACAAGAAACUGACAAUCUUCAUUGGCGCGUCAGUGGAUCCAGCUGGUGUCACCAUGAUGGACGCCAUUAAAAUUUACGGAAAGACAAAGGAGCAAUUUGGUUGGCCAGACGAGCCUCCGGAGGAAUUCCCCUCUGCGUCCGUGAGCAGCGUCUGCCUGCCGAAUCUCAACCAGGCCAACGGAACAAGUGAAGGAGAACCUCCAGCGCCGCCUUCAACUAACGGCACCGCCAUCGAAAGUUCUGACCCAGAAACCUUAACGAUCUUGGACCGACUGGUGGGGAGUUCCUUGGAGGCUCUGGAGAGCUGUUUUGCCUUUGGUCCGGUGCCUGAAAAGGAGAAAAACAAAGCUUCAGCUUUGGAGCUGGCCACAGUCCUGCUGUCUAUGCCAACUCCUUCGAGUGUCCAACUACAGACAAAGAGUCUCCUGGCCAGCCUGCACACCAGCCGCUCUGCCUACCAUAACCACAAGGAUCAGGCCUUACUCAGCAACGCCGUCCAGAGCCUAAGCCCCUGCCUCCGGGAUGGCAAGGACCUCGAUCCAGAGGUGUUCCAGAGAUUGGUGAUUACCGCUCGUUCCAUCGCCAUCAUGCGUCCCAACAACCUCGUCCACUACACAGACUCCAAACUCCCCGCGGGGGAAACAGAGAGCGGCGAAGAAGUAAAGGAGCCCCCGAAGGGCGGAGAGGAGGAAAGUUACACUUUCAUCAACCAGCUGGUUAAUCAGUUCUGGAAGCUGCAUGCAUCCAAACCCAAAAAUGCCUUCCUGGCCCCUGCAUGCCUACCUGGUCUCACCCAUGUAGAAGCCACAGUCAAUGCUCUGGUGGACAUCAUUCAUGGAUACUGUACCUGUGAGCUGGACUGUAUCAACUUGGCCUCCAAAAUUUACAUGCAGAUGUUGCUGUGUCCGGACCCUGCAGUGAGCUUCUCAUGCAAGCAGGCUCUAAUCCGUGUCCUCCGCCCUCGAAAUAAACGCCGCCAUGUUACGCUCCCUUCCUCUCCACGCAGCAACACCCCCGUGGGUUGGAAAGCUUGGUUUCCUUCAGGGGUGGCUGUAAUUAGGAUGCCUCCGCCAUACAAGGACCUCUUUAACCGUGACAAGGAUGAUGACGACGACGAUGAAGCCGAGGAUAAAAUCCAGACGUCCGUAAUACAGAACGGAGAACACGUGAGGCAGCAAAGCCAGGAACACAACGAGGUCGACCACGGGGAUUUUGAGAUGGUGGUGAGAAUUUCGGAGUCGAUGGUUCUGGAGAGCGCGGACAUCGUGAAUAACGGAAACCCUUCGCCGCUGGAGGCUCUCUUGGCGGGAGCAGAAGGCUUCCCACCGAUGCUGGACAUCCCACCUGAUGCCGAUGAUGAGACUAUGGUGGAACUGGCAAUUGCUCUCAGUCUACAACAAGAUCAGCAAGGGAGCAGCAGCAGUGCUCUGGGGCUCCAGAGUUUGGGACUGUCCGGACAGGCCCCCAGCUCUUCAUCCUUGGAUGCCGGAACCUUGUCUGACACCACGGCAUCAGCUCUCCUCAUGCUUAUAGCUCCAGCCUCAGACGAUGAAGGAAGCACGGCCGCAACCGAUGGCUCCACACUGCGCACCUCCCCAGCAGACCACGGAGGCAGCGUGGGUUCGGAGAGCGGGGGCAGUGCCGUGGACUCGGUGGCUGGUGAGCAUAGUGUCUCAGGACGGAGCAGUGCCUAUGGGGACACCACAGUAGAAGGUCACCCUACAGGGCCAGGCAGCAUCAGUUCCAGCACCGGAGCAAUCAGCACCACAACUGGCCAGCAUGAAGGAGAAGGUUCGGAAGGAGAGGGAGAGAAUGAAGGCGAUGUUCACACCAGCAGCAGACUUCACAUGGUGCGUCUCAUGCUCCUGGAACGUCUUCUUCAAUCCAUGUCCAGCCUGCGGAAUGUAGGCGGUGUCCGCGCCAUCCCGUACAUGCAGGUGGUGCUAAUGCUGACCGCUGAUCUGGAUGGGGAAGAUGAGAAGGAUAAAGGGGCGCUGGAUAACCUGCUGUCCCAACUCAUCGCUGAGCUUGGAUUGGACAAAAAGGAUGUCUCCAGAAAGAACGAGCGUACCCCUCUGAACGAAGUCCAUCUCGUGGUCAUGAGGCUACUCAGCGUCUUUAUGUCUAGAACCAAAUCCGGCUCCAAAUCUUCCAUCUGUGAGUCGUCCUCUCUGAUCUCCAGUGCCACUGCCACUGCCUUGCUCAGCUCUGGCGCUGUGGAUUACUGCCUCCACGUUCUCAAGUCUCUGCUGGAUUACUGGAAGAGUCAGCAGAGCGACGAGGAACCCGUGGCCUCCAGCCAACUCCUGAAACCUCACACCACAUCGUCCCCACCUGACAUGAGUCCAUUCUUCCUCCGGCAGUACGUCAAGGGCCACGCGGCAGAUGUUUUCCAAGCCUACACCCAGCUGCUCACUGAGAUGGUUCUCCGUCUGCCUUACCAGAUAAAGAAGAUUGCCGACACAAACUCCCGAAUCCCACCACCUGUCUUUGACCAUUCCUGGUUCUACUACCUGUCUGAGUAUCUAAUGAUUCAGCAGACCCCGUUUGUUCGCCGCCAAGUUCGGAAGCUCCUCUUGUUUAUCUGCGGCUCAAAAGAAAAGUAUCGCCAGCUGCGAGAUCUGCACACCUUGGAUUCCCACGUCCGUGGCAUCAAAAAGUUAUUGGAGGAGCACGGCAUCUUCCUGCGUGCCGGGGUGGUGACUGCAAGCUCUGGCUCUGCCCUGCAAUAUGACACGCUGAUAAACCUGAUGGAACAUCUCAAGGCCUGCGCUGAAAUUGCAUCCCAGAGAACCGUCAACUGGCAGAAAUUCUGCAUCAAAGAUGAUUCCGUACUUUACUUCCUGCUCCAAGUCAGCUUCUUGGUAGAUGAAGGCGUGUCUCCGGUGCUGCUGCAGCUCCUGUCCUGUGCCCUAUGUGGCAGUAAAGUCUCCGCAGCUUCAUCCUCAAGCGCUCCAUCCUCUGGACAGUCUGGAUCACAGAGCAAGUCUUCAACCAAGAAGAGUAAGAAAGAGGAAAAGGAGAAAGAGAAGGAAGGCGAAGGAUCGAACAGUCAGGAGGAGCAGUUGUGCACCGCUCUUGUUAACCAGCUAAAUAAAUUUGCUGAUAAAGAGACAUUGAUCCAGUUCCUCCGCUGCUUCCUCCUCGAGUCAAACGCUUCGUCUGUACGCUGGCAGGCUCACUGCUUAGCUCUGCAUAUCUACAGAAAUUCCAACAAGGCACAACAGGAGCUUCUCCUGGACCUGAUGUGGUCCAUUUGGCCGGAGCUCCCAGCCUACGGACGCAAAGCUGCCCAGUUUGUUGAUCUUCUUGGAUAUUUCUCACUGAAGACACCGCAGACAGAGAAGAAGUUUAAGGAAUAUUCUCAAAAGGCUGUUGAGAUUCUCCGAACCCAGAACCACAUCCUAACCAACCACCCAAACUCCAAUAUAUACAACACCCUCUCUGGCUUGGUAGAGUUUGAUGGUUAUUACCUGGAAAGUGACCCGUGUCUUGUUUGUAACAAUCCAGAGGUUCCAUUUUGUAACAUCAAGCUGUCCUCCAUUAAAGUGGACACCCGCUACACCACCACACAGCAAGUGGUGAAACUCAUAGGCAGCCACACGAUCAGCAAAGUGACUGUGAAGAUCGGAGACUUAAAACGCACCAAGAUGGUCCGAACCAUCAACUUGUAUUACAACAACCGGACUGUCCAAGCAAUCGUGGAGCUCAAGAACAAGCCUGCUCGCUGGCACAAAGCUAAAAAGAUUCAGCUGACUCCCGGACAGACAGAGGUGAAGAUUGACCUUCCUCUCCCCAUUGUUGCCUCCAACUUGAUGAUCGAGUUUGCAGAUUUCUAUGAGAAUUACCAGGCUUCAUCAGAGACUCUGCAGUGCCCACGCUGUAGUGCUUCAGUGCCAGCCAAUCCCGGCGUCUGUGGAAACUGCGGAGAGAAUGUGUACCAAUGCCACAAGUGCAGAUCCAUUAACUACGAUGAAAAGGAUCCGUUUUUGUGCAACGCUUGCGGCUUCUGCAAGUACGCCCGUUUCGACUUCAUGUUGUACGCCCGGCCCUGCUGUGCUGUAGACCCCAUUGAAAAUGAGGAGGAUCGGAAGAAGGCUGUGACGAACAUUAAUACUCUGCUGGACAAAGCUGACCGCGUCUAUCAUCAGCUGAUGGGCCACCGACCGCAGCUGGAGAAUCUUCUGUGCAAAGUCAAUGAAGCGGCUCCUGAGAAGCCCCAGGAUGAUUCGGCCAACGCCGGAGGGAUUAGCUCCACCUCUGCCAGCGUGAAUCGUUAUAUCCUGCAGCUGGCGCAGGAGUACUGUGGGGACUGCAAGAACUCGUUCGAUGAGCUUUCCAAGAUCAUACAGAAAGUCUUUGCCUCUCGGAAGGAACUUUUGGAAUAUGAUUUGCAGCAGAGAGAAGCCGCUACCAGGUCCUCGCGCACCACCGUGCAGCCUACGUUCACCGCCAGCCAAUACAGAGCCUUGUCUGUUCUCAGCUGCGGUCACACCUCCUCCACCAAGUGUUACGGCUGCGCUUCUGCUGUGACCGAGCACUGCAUCACUUUACUCCGCGCCUUGGCCACCAAUAGCACCAUACGCCACAUCCUGGUAUCCCAGGGCCUCAUCCGGGAACUGUUCGACUACAAUCUCCGCCGCGGCCCGGCAGCCAUGCGAGAUGAGGUGCGCCAGGUCAUGUGCCUCUUGACCAGGGACAAUCCAGAAGCCACUCAGCAGCUGAAUGAUUUGAUCAUUGGCAAAGUGUCGACGGCGCUUAAAGGACACUGGGCCAAUCCAGACCUGGCCAGCAGUCUGCAAUACGAGAUGCUGCUCCUCACAGACUCCAUCUCCAAGGAGGACAGCUGCUGGGAGCUCCGCCUUCGUUGUGCUCUCAGUCUCUUCCUGAUGGCCGUCAACAUUAAGACUCCAGUGGUGGUGGAGAAUAUCACUUUAAUGUGUCUAAGGAUCCUGCAAAAGCUUAUUAAACCACAAAUACCAACUAGCAAGAAGAAUAAGGAUACUCCAGUUGAAACUCUGACCACAGUGAAGCCGUACUGCAAUGAGAUCCAUGCGCAGGCACAGCUCUGGCUCAAGAGAGAUCCCAAAGCAUCGUAUGAGGCCUGGAAGAAGUGUCUACCCUCCAGAGGGAUUGACAACACUGGAAAAACUUUGAGCAAAUCAGACCUGAGGCAGCUGUACCUGCAGGAGAAAUACUCCUGGAAGUGGAAGCAAUUCCUGAGCAAGAAAGGGAAGAGGCCGACUCCUGUGGAUCUUAAACUUGGACAUAACAACUGGCUGAGACAGGUGUUGUUCACCCCGGCCACCCAAUCAGCAAGACAGGCCGCCUGCACCAUCGUCGAGGCCCUGGCUACUUUCCCGAGCCGCAGACAACAAGUCCUGGAUCUUCUUACCAGCUAUUUGGAUGAGCUGAGUUUGGCUGGUGAAUGCGCAGCGGAGUAUCUGGCCUUGUAUCAGAAACUCAUCAAGCCGGCUCAUUGGAAGGUGUAUCUCGCCGCCCGGGGCGUCCUGCCUUAUGUCGGAAAUCUCAUCACCAAGGAAAUCGCUCGAUUGUUGGCGCUGGAGGAGGCAACUCUCAGUACAGACUUGCAGCAAGGCUACGCCUUGAAAAGCCUCACAGGCCUUCUAUCCUCGUUUGUGGAAGUUGAGUCCAUUAAGCGUCAUUUCAAGAGUCGUCUGGUGGGAACGGUGCUGAACGGCUACCUGUGUCUGAGGAAACUGGUGGUGCAGAGGACCAAACUGAUCGAUGAGACUCAGGACAUGUUGCUGGAGAUGCUGGAAGACAUGACAACAGGCACCGAAUCGGAAACCAAGGCUUUCAUGGCCGUUUGUAUCGAGACCGCCAAACGAUACAGCCUUGACGAUUACAGGACUCCCGUUUUUAUAUUUGAAAGGCUGUGCAGCAUCAUUUACCCGGAGGAGAAUGAAGUGACGGAGUUCUUUGUGACCCUGGAGAAAGAUCCCCAGCAGGAAGACUUCCUGCAGGGCCGAAUGCCAGGAAAUCCCUACAGCAGCAAUGAGCCGGGCAUUGGGCCUCUAAUGAGGGACAUCAAGAAUAAGAUCUGCCAGGACUGUGACCUUGUGGCCCUAUUGGAAGAUGACAGUGGGAUGGAGUUGCUGGUGAAUAACAAGAUUAUCAGUCUGGAUCUUCCUGUAGCCGAGGUGUACAAGAAGGUGUGGUGCCCAACUAAUGAGGGGGAACCUAUGAGAAUAAUCUAUCGUAUGAGAGGACUUCUGGGUGAUGCCACAGAGGAGUUCAUUGAGUCUCUUGACUCCACUACAGAUGAGGAGGAGGAUGAAGAGGAAGUGUACAAAAUGGCGGGAGUGAUGGCGCAGUGCGGAGGACUGGAGUGCAUGCUAAACCGCUUGGCUGGCAUCAAGGACUUUAAACAGGGCCGUCACCUCCUGACCGUUCUUCUCAAACUCUUCAGUUACUGUGUGAAGGUUAAAGUGAACCGGCAGCAGCUGGUGAAGCUGGAGAUGAACACCUUGAAUGUCAUGUUAGGAACUCUCAAUCUGGCCUUGGUGGCGGAGCAGGAGAGUAAGGACAGCGGAGGAGCUGCCGUGGCUGAACAAGUCUUGAGUAUCAUGGAGAUUAUACUGGAUGAGUCCAACGCUGAGCCACUAAGUGAAGACAAGAGUAAUUUGUUGCUCACUGGAGACAAGGAUCAGCUGGUGAUGCUUUUGGAUCAGAUUAACAGCACGUUCGUUCGAUCAAACCCCAGCGUGCUGCAAGGUCUCCUGCGAAUCAUCCCUUACUUGUCCUUCGGUGAGAUAGAGAAGAUGCAGAUCCUGGUGGAGCGAUUCAAGCCCUUCUGCACCUUUGAGAAGUAUGAUGAUGAACACUGCGGUGAUGACAAAGUCUUCCUGGACUGUUUCUGUAAAAUCGCAGCCGGCAUCAAGAACAACAGCAACGGGCAUCAGCUGAAGGAGCUCAUCCUUCAGAAGGGCAUCACGCAGAACGCCCUGGACUACAUGAAGAAGCACAUCCCCAGCGCCCAGAAUCUGGACGCCGAUAUUUGGAAGAAAUUCCUCUCUCGCCCGGCUCUUCCCUUUAUUUUGCGGCUACUCCGAGGAUUGGCCAUCCAGCACCCUCCCACACAGGCUCUUAUUGGCACGGAUUCCAUAACCAACCUCCACAAGCUGGAGCAAGUGUCCAGUGACGAAGGGAUCGGGACCCUGGCUGAGAACUUGCUGGAGGCCCUUCGAGAACACCCUGAUGUCAAUAAGAAGAUUGACGCCGCGCGGAAAGAGACUCGCGCCGAGAAGAAACGCAUGGCCAUGGCGAUGAGGCAGAAAGCGUUGGGGACACUUGGAAUGACGACCAAUGAGAAGGGUCAGGUGGUCACAAAGACGGCUCUGUUGAAGCAGAUGGAGGAACUGAUCGAGGAACCGGGGCUGACCUGCUGUAUCUGCAGGGAGGGCUACAAGUUCCAGCCCACCAAGGUGCUCGGCAUCUACACUUUCACGAAACGCGUCUCCCUGGAGGAGGCCGAGAACAAACCGCGAAAGCAGCUGGGCUACAGCACGGUCUCUCACUUCAACAUUGUGCACUAUGACUGCCAUCUUGCCGCUGUCAGGUUAGCCCGUGGACGGGAAGAAUGGGAGAGUGCGGCUCUACAAAACGCCAACACCAAGUGUAACGGCCUGCUUCCUGUGUGGGGGCCGCAUGUUCCAGAGUCUGCGUUUGCAACCUGCUUGGCCAGGCACAACACCUACCUGCAGGAGUGUACCGGCCAACGGGAACCUACCUACCAACUCAACAUACACGACCUAAAGCUGCUAUUCCUGCGUUUUGCUAUGGAGCAGUCGUUCAGUGCGGACACUGGAGGAGGAGGGCGGGAGAGCAACAUACACCUCAUCCCAUACAUCAUCCACACCGUGCUCUAUGUCCUCAACACAACCCGGGCCAUAUCCAGAGAGGAGAAGAAUGUUCAGAGUUUUCUGGAACAGCCCAAAGAGAAGUGGGUGGAAAGUGCCUUUGAGGUUGACGGGCCCCAUUAUUUCACCGUGAUGGCGUUACAUCUCCUACCGACCGAGAAGUGGAAGACCAUCCGCAUCGAUGUGCUGCGGCGGCUGCUGGUCGUCAGUCACGCGAGAUCUGUGCCCCCGGGGGGAGCCAACAGGUUGACAGAUAAAGCAAUGAAGGAUUACUCCGUGUACCGCUCCAGCCUCUUGUUCUGGGCGUUGGUGGAUCUCAUUUAUAACAUGUUCAGGAAGGUUCCCAUCAGUAACACAGAGGGAGGCUGGUCCUAUUCCCUGGCAGACUACAUUCGACUCGAUGACAUGCCGAUCUACGAGGCGGCGGACAGAGCCCUGAAAACCUUCCAGGAGGAGUUCAUGCCUGUGGAGUCCUUCUCUGAGUUCAUCGAUGUGGCCGGGCUUUUAUCGGAGAUCAGUGACCCUGACGGCUUCUUCAAGGAUCUUUUGAACUCGAUCCCCUGAGCUCGUGGUGGAGCCCUCUGCUGCUUUUAGUCUGUGGAUGUUUUUUCUUCUCCCCCCCCCCCCUUGGGUGUUGCAGUGUUUUUUCCUAUUUUUAUUUUUUUUGUGAGCGUGCGCUUGUAGGGGGGAGGGGCGAGGACCUACAUUCAGAAUCCAUGAAAUCUCCUCUUCGUUGAACAAACUUUUAUCUUAAUUUUUUUGCUAAAGCCGCAGCGUCGGGCGGUCGGAGGUUGUAGCGCCCGUUGCCUCGUGUGUGUUUUUUAUUGUGCAUGAAUUUUUCAAGUUUGUGGGAAACGGACAGCAAGAAAAAACCAAAAGGGUAUCGAAAACUUUACUUACGAGGCCGACCUGCCGGAGGAACGCAAACAUCCCUCCCCCCACCAACUGCAUGAUGUGUCCAGCCCACCAAAGACAGAGAUAUGCAUGUGUGCAUCCUGUAGAAGUCUCCUGUGACACGCUGGCAGCCAGCAGAGGGCCCCGGUGAGGUGUCAUUUCUGUGGGUUACUAGUCACGUGACCGGAGCGCCCAAUCACUUUAUUUUUUUUUUAGAUGUUAGCGACAAUCUCGGUAUCACUCUGGUGCGGAAUCAGCGAUUUUUCAGCACCUUGGCGUCCGUUUCGUGCCGUCGUUCUCCUUCACUGGUGAAAAGGUUCCUCCGCCGCGGGCUGUACUGGCAGCCCAGUAACAUGUAACCAGCUGUUGUUGUUCGCUUCAGAUAAAAUGUAAUAAAAGCUUUUCAUUUCUCAC